AUGGCUACUAUCUUUUCUGGAGGUUCAGUUUCUCCCUUUCCUUUUCACACCAACAAGGGUACAUCUUUUACACCCAAAGGUCCACCAAGUCUUCAUCUCAAGAAAUUCUUCUCUGCAAAAUCAGUAGCCUCUGUUGGAACCGAACCAUCACUGUCUCCAGCACUUCAAACCUUCUGGAAGUGGCUACAGGAAGAAGGUGUCAUCACUGCCAAGACCCCAGUGAAAGCUGGUGUGGUCACAGAAGGUCUAGGAUUGGUUGCUGUCAAAGACAUUUCUAGGAAUGAUGUUAUUUUGCAGGUGCCAAAAAGGCUGUGGAUAAAUCCAGAUGCAGUUGCAGCUUCUGAGAUUGGAAAAGUGUGCAGUGAGUUGAAGCCAUGGUUGUCUGUUAUACUCUUUCUCAUAAGAGAAAGGUCAAGGGAAGAUUCUGUUUGGAAACACUAUUUUGGUAUUCUGCCACAGGAAACUGAUUCUACUAUAUAUUGGUCAGAGGAAGAGCUCCAAGAACUUCAAGGUAGUCAACUUUUGAAAACAACCGUGUCUGUGAAAGAAUAUGUGAAGAAUGAAUGUCUGAAACUAGAACAAGAAAUCAUUCUCCCUAAUAAGCGGCUUUUUCCGACUCCUGUGACGCUGGAUGACUUCUUUUGGGCAUUUGGAAUUCUCAGAUCAAGGGCGUUUUCUCGUCUUCGCAAUGAAAAUCUAGUUAUAGUUCCAAUGGCAGACUUGAUUAACCACAGUUCUAGAGUAACUACAGAGGAACAAGCUUAUGAAGUUAAAGGUGCAGCUGGCCUUUUCUCUCGGGAUUACCUAUUUUCUCUAAGGAGCCCUCUUUCUGUCAAGGCUGGAGAACAGGUAUAUAUCCAAUAUGAUUUGAACAAAAGCAAUGCAGAGUUGGCUCUAGACUACGGUUUCAUUGAACCAGAUGAAAAUCGAAAUGCAUACACUCUGACACUGGAGAUAUCUGAGUCAGACCCUUUUUUUGAUGACAAACUAGACAUUGCUGAGUCUAAUGGUUUUGCUCAGACAGCAUACUUUGACAUGUUCUAUAAUCGCACUCUUCCACCUGGAUUGCUUCCGUAUUUGAGACUAGUAGCGCUGGGGGGUACCGACGCUUUCUUAUUGGAAUCACUGUUUAGAGACUCCAUAUGGGGUCAUCUUGAGUUGUUCGUCAGCCGUGACAAUGAGGAGCUACUAUGCAGAGCAGUUCGAGAUGCCUGCAAAUCUGCCCUUGCUGGUUAUCAUACAACCAUUGAACAGGAUUGCGAGAUGAAAAAAGAAAAUCUAGAUUCAAGACUUGCAAUAGCAGUUGGAAUAAGAGAAGGAGAAAAGAUGGUCCUGCAGCAAAUAGACGGCAUCUUCAAGCAGAAAGAACAGGAAUUGGACCAGUUAGAGUAUUAUCAAGAAAGGAGGCUCAAGGACCUUGGGCUUUGCGGAGAAAAUGGCGAUAUCCUUGGAGACCUUGGAAAAUUCUUCUAA